ACGAAACCAAAGGUGAUUGCCCCAAAAUGACAAAAACGAACAGACCAAGCCACAAAUCAUUUUAAUAUUAUGAUAGAGGAAGGAAAAUCAAGCAAGGAAUCUAGCAGCUUCUAUUUCGUACUCUUUCUCGGGUAACUAAAUCCCGAUAUUUCCCUCAAUUCCCGCUGAUUUGUUGUGUUUGAUUCCGAUCUUAAUCAUCACGGAGGAUAAGAAUACAGAAUAGAAGACAUAACAGAAAGUUCAUCUUUUUAGAGUGAUUGAUUGAGGAAUUUGCUUCUAUAUUUGCUUCUGAAAGGAAUCUAUGGAGAUAAAAUCUUACCAGGAUCAGGCUGAGCUGUUCGUAAAGGAAUAUUUACUAUCUGAUUCCAUCAUCCCAUAUACAUCAGUUAUUUGUGGGAUUUGUGCUUGCAUGAUGGUCUAUGAUCUUACACAAUUGUUUUGCAAUGUUUACUUUAAGAGCUACCCCAGUCUAUCAAAAAUCAAGCAGAUUGAGUGGAGCAACCGAUCCAUAUCGACCUUUCAUGCCAUUUUCAUAGCAAGUAUGUCCUUAUACUUUGUGUUUUGGUCAGAUCUCUAUUCUGACUACCAAUAUGCUGACCUGGUUACUUUCCAAAGUUCUGCACUGUCUACAUUCACAUUGGGGGUAUCUGUUGGCUACUUUCUGGUUGACCUUGGGAUGAUCAUUUGGUUUUACCCUUUUCUGGGUGGAGUGGAGUAUGUCCUUCACCAUCUUCUGUCGGUAGCAGCUGUAGCAUACUCUAUGUUGACAGGGGAGGGUCAGCUUUAUACGUUCAUGGUACUCAUCUCCGAGACUACAACCCCUGGGAUCAACUUGAGAUGGUAUCUUGACACAGCUGGAAUGAAGAGAUCCAAAGCUUACUUGAUUAAUGGAGUCGUAAUAUUUGUAACUUGGCUGGUUGCAAGAAUAAUCCUGUUUGUGCAUCUAUUUUACCACAUCUACUUGCACUACGAUCAGGUUAAGCAGAUGAACACCUACGGACGAGUAUUAAUCAUCAUUGUGCCGGUGGUCCUAUCAGUUAUGAACCUAAUGUGGUUCGGAAAGAUAUACAAGGGAAUGAGGAAGACAUUAGCAAAGAGGCAGUGAAAUGUGUAUGCCGGAACCGACACUGGUAAGUGAUAUUCGACAAAGAAAUCCUUCCCUUAUAGGUGUAAUUAUUGUCAUGUGCAUCCCCUGUUCCACUUUGUUUAUGUGUAAAUGGUGCAAAUAGUGGAGGUAAAAAGCUUGGAACUGUAAUGGCUUCUGGUUUCAAUGUAAAAA